AAACAAUCGACAUUCAUCUGCCCUAAUCUGGAGCCUCCCUCUAUACUUUUGCCUCACCACUCGCGCUCGUCUUCUGUUGGUCACAUUUUGGUGACUCCAGCUAACACCUCUUUACCUUCCGGGUCGCGCUACUGCGGAUCUUCUUUAUCCCGUGUCGGAUGCCAGGCUCAUAAUCUGUCUUCUUUACCUAUAUCUAUACCAGCACCAACAACAACUAUGGCUAAAGGAGCCAUCAUAAAUAACCGACGAGAGAUUGAAAAUAUGAAAGAACAUUACUUCGGCAUACGGAGAGUAUCUGAAGAAGCUAGAAGCGACAGAACAAUUCAGGCUGUUCAAGAUCAUAGUCGAUUUGAUUUGGCCAAGCCAUUCUGUGAAACACAGAUAGCUGCUUUGCAUUUAGAUAGCAACAAUAUUUAUCAUGGUAAUGUUGAUGCUAGUAUUAUUCUCAAAACUACUUUAUUAUAG